ACGGGCCAUUCUACUUGCGUGUCUUAUCUUUCCUUCCCUGCGCAUCUUUGCCAUCUGUUGCGGCAAACUUUCUCCAUUCGCUGCAAAUCUUCUCUUCUCCUUCAAACAUGAAUAGCCAAACCCAGAAGUCCAAUCAAAGCCAUCUCCGCCGCCACUGGAAAGUUCGUUGCUAUUGCUCGCCGCCGCAGAUCGAGUUUCCUUCUUUAAGAUCUACAAUGGUGGAGGCCAUAUCUGCAACCACAGAUAUCAGAUUGACUAUGAUGGUGGCCGAAUCUGUUAGGGCAGUGGCCGGCAGACGGCGGAAGAUAGAUUUGGCUAGAUCUCCGGUGGUGCCAGCCAAAUCUGCAGCGGCGAUAGCAAGAUCUGCAAUGGCGGUGGUUCGAUCUGCAGUGGCGGCCAAUUUUGAGGCGGCGCCCAUGUCCGGCGACCGGCGGUGAGCGACGGCGACGUCCGGCGACUGGCGGCGUUCCAGCAUUGUGGUUGGUGGCAGUAUUAUUUCCAGGCUUCACAGGGGUGUUUUUGUCAAAUUACAAUUAAUAACUACUAUUUAAGGAAUUUUUAUACUUUAGUCCUAUUUUGGCUAUUAAAGAUUGAUUUACUCCUGUUGAGGUAAAUACCUCACCUAAUAAUUGUUUUUUAUCCUUGCCCGUGGCCGCAUGGGUCUUUCAAUUUUAUAUGUAUCGUUCCAAUUUUAUUUCCCUUUUAGGCCUAA